AUGGCCUUAGAGGCUGAGGAAGAAAAUAUGGCUGUUGAGGCCUAUGUUUCAAAAGAGGAGGAUAGUUGGAUUUUGAAACCAAAGCCUCCGGAUAAAUCUAGAAGAGUUGCAGAAAACGUCGACUUGCAGCGAUUGGACUGCAUUUAUGAUGAUGAGCCUUUAGGGUUUGAGAAGAACCCCAUGGCGAAGGAGAAAAUGCAGCCACAAGAUCCUUUGAAGGAAAUAAACCUUGACGAAGAUGGUGAAAAAAUACCAACGUAUAUCAGCGCCAACAUCAACAAAGAGCUAAAAACUAAGGUAAUAUAUUUGCUUAAAGAAUUUAGAGAUUGUUUUGCUUUGGAUUAUAAUGAGAUUCCUGGUUUGAGCAGGGAUUUGGUAGAAUUAAAACUGCCAAUAAAAGCUGGGAAGAAGCCAGUAAAGCAAACACCUAGGCGUUUUGCGCUUGAUGUGGUGUCGAAGAUCAAAGCAGAAAUAGAAAGGCUCUUAAAAGCAAAGGAGGAUGUGCCGAAAACUGCGAUUCAGUGUCCAGGAGCCUUAGGCACAUAUGAGUGGGCUGUCAUGCCAUUCGGCCUGAAGAAUGCCGGAGAAACAUAUCAAAGGGUAAUGAAUUCAAUGUUUCGUGAUUUUAUUGAAGAUUUCAUGCAUAUAUACAUUGACGAUAUGGCAGGUGAUUUUCUUGGCUUUGUGGUGCAGAAAAAGGGUAUUGAAGUAAACCAAAGCAAAACAAAAUCCAUUAUGGACGUAAAGCCUCCGUCGACAAAGAAAGAGCUUCAGUCGUUAUUGGGAAAAAUAAGUUUCCUAAGGAGAUUUAUUUCGAACUUAAGUGGUAAGAAGAAAGUUUUUUCGCCACUCCUGCGAUUGAAGAAUGAGGAUUUUCAAUGGCGAGAAGAGCAUCAAGAAGCUUUCGACAAGACCAAAGAAUACCUGGUAAAGCCUCCAGUACUGGCUCCUUCUAUUAGGAAUAGGCCAAUGAGGUUGUACAUUUCAGCUUCUGAGUCAACUAUAGGUAGUAUGUUAGUCCAAGAGGAUGAAAAGAGUGUCGAAAGACCUGUGUAUUAUCUUAGUCAAAUGAUUAAUGGUCCUGAAACUAGGUAUAUUGAUAUAGAAAAACUAUGUCUAUGCCUUCGAAUUGGUAAAUGGGCUCUAGCAUUAACUGAGUAUUCUCUAACUUAUGCACCUUUAAAAGCAAUCAAAGGGCAAGUGGUGGCUGAUUUCUUAGUCGACCAUUCAAUGGUCGAAAUGGCUCAAAACUAUGUAGAUAUAGUGCCAUGGAAGUUAUACUUCGACGGUUCCAGCCAUAAGAAUGGCUCUGGCAUUGGGGGCAUUAUAAUUUCUCCAGUUGGAAUUCCAGCAGAGUUCAAGUACAAGAUUAAGGGAGCAUGCACAAACAAUGAGGCUGAAUAUGAGUCUUUGAUCACAGGACUUGAACUUCUGCUGGAAUUGGGGGCAAGGAAUGUCGAAAUUAUGGGAGACUCUGAGUUGGUGAUUAAACAGGUAUCAAGAGAGUACAGGUGUGUCAAAGAGAAUUUGAUUAUGUACUUUGUGAUUACCAUUAGAUUGCUAAAGAGAUUUGAACAAGUAAACAUUCGACACAUACCACAAAAGGAGAAUCAGGGAGCUAAUGCUUUAGCGCAAGAGGCUUCAGGAUACAAGGUUUUAAAGGAUCAAGAUGAAGAGAAGAUCCAAGUAAGAGAGAAGGUACGAGCGACGUUAUUGUCACCUUCAGACUUGUCGACCAUAAAGUUGGGAUCUGUGGAUAACGAGAACUUCGAGAUCAUGACUGUUGAUGAAAUAGGAGGGAAUGAUUGGCGAAAACCAAUAGUCGACUAUCUACGCAACCCUACGGGGUCGACAGAUUGA